AGAAAGGUGGUUGCUUGAUUAAAUGAUCUUUCUUGUCGAACUUGUCGGUGACCAAACAGCGUUGCUAUUUGCUCCUGGUAAACUUAACGGACGGGAAGACAAACCUGACAAACACCGCGGUGCGUCACCCAGUUCCCCUGAAAUGGUUUGUCACAGAGCAGCCGUAGGAGUCAGAGGAGUCGCUCUUUAAUCCGGGACCUUUAACAGCAGCUGUAUUGUUUGGCCGAGAUAGAUGCCGCUGGGCGCAUUAGCAGCAGUCAAGCGGAUCACGUCGCUUUUGUGUGUGUACACAGCCCGCAGGUAUGAACCAUGAGUCCAAUAAAUCAUCAUCAUUAGGAAUGAUCUCCACGGCAACUCGCACCACGGCUACUGUCAGUCCCCUCAGCCCACUAACCAAUGGGAACGCAGUUGCCCAAUCUGCAAACUCCGGAUUCGCUGCUGCUCUGCGUAAACUGGCCAAACAGGCUGAGGAUCCCAGAGGUUCUGCCCUCAGCGGUGAGUCAUCUCCUGUCUCUUCCCCGGCCACCAGCCACAGCUCGCCAGUCACCACUCCGAAGCGGGGCUCAUUAGGGCCCUUCCUGGGCCAGACCAGGGGCCACGGUGUCCCCAGCACCCCUCCAGUAGUCACCAUUGCUCCCACCAAGACCAGCAACGGCCUGUGGAGGGCCAACGGUCGUCAGGUUGAGCCGGGUGUUCAGGGACUCAGUCGGGAGAGGUUGGGUGCUGAGAGCACCCAGCCACAGCAGGAUAAGAGGACUCCGCCCAUCCCUUCACCUCACCCACUGGCUCACCCCUUUGGCCUCACCCCAAGCUCCAUCAUGCAAGACCCCAGAAUACAGAGCCUUAGUUUGCCAGGCCAGAUGCAUCCCGUGGUUCCCUCAGGUUCCGUCCCAGAGGAAUACCUGAGAGCUCUCCGGCCCUUUGCAACCUCAGAAGACCUCCGACUGAACUCUUUACCCCUGAGUCUCGACCCUGCUGCUGCUGCCCACGCUGCAGCUGCUGCCGCUUAUUAUCAUCCUGCGUACCUGCACCACCCUCUGUCCUUACCAAGGAUGGAGGAGUCUUUGUGUCUUUCUGCGCUGCGGUCACAGUUCUACUCUGUGCCUGCAGGGGGCGCCUUCCCUCCUCUCCACCCCUCUGCUCUCCACUUGCACCUGCCUGGAGGCCGCUACCCUGGAGAACUAAGCCACACUGUGCUGGCUGAGAGGCUACAGAUGGAGAAUGAGCUCCGCCAGCGAGAGAGAGAGCAAGAGCGUGAACGAGAGAAAGAAAGGGAGCGCGAAGCAGGGCUGGAACGAGAGCGAGAGAGGGAAAGGGAGAGAGAGAGGGAGGAGGAGAGGGAGAGAGAGCGGGAGAGAGAGCUGGACAGACAGAAGGAGAGGCAGAGGGAGAGACAGCAGCAGAUGGUAAGAGCGGCAGAGAGCCACUACCUGGCUGAGCUGCAGGCUCGGAGGGCACCACCGGAGGACUGGGCAGGGCCAGGGGAGAGGCUGACCCCAAACAGACUGGAUAAACCCAAGGAUUCCGAGCAUCCAGGUUUCCCAGCACCUAAACCUCUGCCUCUGCAGGCUGGCUUUCACUCCUCCAGGACCUCUAUCCCACACCCAGUGCCCAGCCUGGUGCCUUCCCACCUGGGGAAGCAUCAUGCUGCUGCUGCGACUGGGGGGAUCCAUGGACCUCUGGCAGCCGCCAUGAUGACUCAGAGGGCCGGCGAGGAGGCCUGGUUAACACGGCAACGAGGGCAAGGGCAGGAGAGGGAGGGUCCGCUGGAGCUGGGCGUCAGGUCACCAGGCAAAGGGGUGGAUCCAAGGAGAGACAUCCACAGAACCAGUUCAGUCCAUCACAACCCAAGUAGCAAAGAUAUACCCCCCUGCCUAGGCGCUCCACCUCCUCUUAUCUCCCCUAAAGGUCCCCAUCAUCCUCCUGCCCCUCCGACUACACUGUGGAACCCAGCUUCCCUUGUUGACACACCUGCAGACUCCCGCAGAAAACUCAACCCUCCUACACCACCGAGUCGACCGCCUCCGGGACUGACAAGAGCUGACAAAACCCCGCUAAGUUGGGGGGAGAAGCUGGAAGAAGGAGGCAGGAGGAGGGCAGAAGGCCCAGAGAGGUACCCCUCACUGAGGGGAGCUAGUUUCCAGGAGUCCUGGAACAGGGCAGAGCAGGAGAGAGCUAUCCAGAGUCUCUACCACCGGCAUCACAUCAAUACCCUCCACCAGAGAUCCUGCUUACCUCUGUCUAUCCCCAGCACUGACCUGGGGGGACGUUGCCAGGAAACCUCUCCUUCUCCGGUGAGGGAGCGACAGAGUCAGGCGCCCGACAGCAUGCUGGUGUACGAUGAGGUUCUCCAGCAACACCGUCGGCUGCUCAGCAAGCUUGAUCUGGAGGAGAGGAGGAGGAGGGAGGCCAGGGAGGGAGGUUAUUACUAUGACCUGGAUGAUUCGUACGAUGAGAGUGACGAGGAGGAGGUGAAAGCCCAUUUGAGAAGAGUGACAGAACAGCCCCCACUCAAACUGGAAACGUCCUCCGAGAAAGUAGAUUUUAUGCACGUGUGUGGUCUGACCACGCUGGCCCAUCGCGAUGACCUUCUGGCGCAGAAGAGGAGGAAGAGGAGGAGGAUGAUGAGAGAGCGCAGCCUCUCUCCGCUGGCUGUGCAGGGCAAGAGAAAGGCCUCUUCACCUUCAACACCUACAACUCCCCUAAGUACCCCAUAUUCUGCCGAGCAGAUGGACAGCAGUCCCGAACUGAAGGAGAAAAAAGACUUCCUCUUUAUGUUCAACCUCUCCCAUGUCAGCCCACAGCAGAGGAGAGAUAAGGAGAGGACAGAAGAGCUGCUGAGGGCCAUUCAGAGGAGGACUGUGACGUUAGACACUCUCAGAUAUAAUCCAUUACCUCUGUGUAGCAGCCCCCCUACUCCUUCAGCUGGGGACUCUUCCUCGGCCCCUCUGCCGUGUCAAUCAAACGGGCAUCUGUACCCAGACUCUCCCAGCCCUUCUCCUCCUUGCUUACACAAGCCGAAGCACCUCCAUAACGACACAUUCAAACCCUCCAUGGACUCCCAGGUGGCCCGCAUCCCCCCAGCCUUGGCCUCCAAUCAUGAAAAGGUUGAGUUCAUGGAGGCUCAGCCGAACAGGAAGCUUCAGGGCCUCCAGAACGGCGUUGCCGCUACUCCUCAGAAAAAGGAGCCCAAUCCAGCGCAGAAUGGCAGGAAUCGGCCCUGGGAGAGAUUCACACCUGAGGCCUUUGCUCAGCACUUCCACCAGGCUGUGCUGCAGUCCACACACAACACACUGCAGAACAAAGGAGUCUCAAAUUUUGUCCCUGAAGCGGGCAUGAAGGCCGAGCACUCGUUGGCUCACAACAUCUCUCAGCUGAAGCAUUCAAAUCUUAACCAUGCCCCUCAGCACGCACACAUCAAUGGCCAUCACUUCCAUUCUCCUGCAGCCGGUCGGGAGACUGCAGCACCACAGGAAAACCUGUCUGAUGAGGACGAGGAAGAAUCUGGGCCGGAGGAGGAGGAGGAGGAGGAGGAGGAGGAGGAGGCGGAAGAAGCUCCACGGAAGUGGCAGGGUAUCGAAGCUAUUUUUGAGGCCUACCAGGAGUAUGUGGAUGAAUGGAGCAUAGAGAGGCAGGUUCUUCACAGUCAGUGUAAAAGACUCGAAGCACAGAACUAUAAUCUGACUAGAAAUGCAGAGCAGCUCUCUCUCACUAUGGGGGAGCUGGUGAGUCAGAGGCAGAAAGUCAGAGAGGAGAGAGAGAGGCUGCAGGCCCAGCUCGAGCACUUCAGGAGGUGUUUGACACUACCUAACAUUCACUGGGGCAGGGGGCAGGUCAACGGGCACACACCGAGGUGACCUCCGACCGACUCUCUGACGGAUGAACCUCUGACAGCGAAGGAACAGUAACAAGAGCAAGAUGGACUGGAGCCAGACCACUCUCUGCACUCUCUGCACUCGAAGGAGCCCAUCCUUGUCUUGUUACCUUUCCGGCCAAUCAAUUAUGUUACCUGACCGGUUCCAGAUUCAAUUGGUUAACUGCCAUGCGUGCCACGGUAGCAGCACUCCAUCGUGGCCAUACAGUCUGGGCAUUCCCACUCUCUCUCUCCUUCUGCCCGUGGACUGUAACGACACUGUGUAGGUGAAACAGCGUCUUUGUAACGCUAACCGCUCCCGCUCGUCCCUGAGUUGGCUUUAAGGACUUUUCACCAUAUAACUCAUAUCAAAUCAAUUUCUGUAUAAACUGCAUUGAUCCACACUAAUUAGAUGUAUCACUUGGCACAAAUCUGGAGCCUCUCUGGACAGCAACGAGAGGAGAAUAAGUGUGCAGUGGUCACUUGGUUACAACUCAGAAACUGAAAAUUGAGUCAAGGAAUCAAAGCACACCUCAGGCCUUAAACUUGAUAGGAUGCACUUGAAAUGGAAUUUGAGGAAAUACUUGACCGUCCUCUGUGUGGUAUAAUGUUGUAGUGUCUACUGAGUACUGUAUCUGACAGAUGAAGCAGGUGAAAUUGUGCUGGUAAUGGUUCUACAGAGGAUAGGAAUAUCUAAAAGAUAUUAUCCAUAUAACGACAAAUGGUAUCAGCGAAGUUUUUUGUUUUUGAGGUUUAAUACAUUUUCAGUUGGUAAUGUCACUCGUGAUAGGCGAAGAAUUUGUACAAUUGUACAACAACUUUGUAUGUUUUAUUGUUUUAACCAUUUCUUGUGGGAAGCCAUAUGCUUUGUUUGAACUGCUGCUGGUCAGAAUUAAAAUGUUUCGAAAAAUGAAGGAUGCCAGGACGGUUGUAUGUGAAAAAUGUCAUGCUCGGGGGCGGACAAAGAUGAAAUUGGGAUGGAAGACAACGUGGCAAAUGUCAGUCUUUGUCUCAAAACACCCUUAAGUUGUCAUUACCAUUGUUCAGACGGUUUAUCCCAGAGUCUGUGCCCAAAACCCUUCACAUGCCUACAAAUGUUGACAAAACCUGAAGAGAUCAAAAGUUGUGAUUUGAUUUCAUGGAUAUGAAGGCCUUUAGCAAAUUUCUAGACGUUGUCAGAUAAUUGGCAUUACUUGAGUGAGACUACAGUACUUUUAGACAUUCUGCCCAACCUUACAAAUGUUUUCACCUGCCUGAAGGUGAUUUCUUUAUGGCAUUAUUAUGAAAAAAUAAGAAAAAGCCAAAUUAUUAUUCAGUUCCAUUUAAAGAUUGUGUCAGAACUAAUAAACAGGAUCUUUUCACUCGAUACUCUCCGAGUACUUGAAACAGUUCUGUAAUUGUUUAUGGGUAACAUAAACAUCAGAAUGACACUAUCCUUCUGUGGAUAACAAACUACACCUUCUGUGGUCUUUGGAUGAGAUUUACUUUUGUUCAAGUCAAAUAAAACAAUGUCACAAAUUCAUAAUUUCUGCCUUUUUGCCUCUGAAUAUUAGAAGUCCCGGGAGCACUUUCCUACAAGCACAAACUACAAUAGCAAUCUCCCCAGGUCACCUGUCCUCCCUGCGUCACCUGUUCAGUCUCCUCUGCAAUCUUGCUGUGAAAUUCUGCAUAUUUGUUUAAGAUCAGUUGUUAUGUAAUGUAUUAUUUGGGCUGUAUAAUUGCAAUGAAUUAUUUAUUAACAUAUAUUGCUGUACAUUCUG